UAGCAAUUACGUUGGGCAAUCUCGAGUAUCGGCAGUCCCCCCUGAAAUAUCCAACCCUUCGUGUCACAUUUCUAUGGCGCUGCAUAUAGACAUAUAGUCUUACAAGUUUGAACUGCACCCUACUAUACAUACAACAAGAAGAUUAGGGAGAGUAGCAGUAGAAGAUGGCCGAAGAAUCAGAGAAGAGGUUUCAUGCGGUGAUGGACAAACUUUUUCAGACUCCUCCCAAAUCCAAACUCCCCGCCAUCAGUUCAUCGGAAGUUCAGUUAUCAAGAGGCAAGAAACGAGCAAAUUCUUCCUAUGCAUUAGUAGUAUCCGAUCCGAAAUCGACAUUCAAGGCGGGUGAGAGAUUACGGAAUUUGUCGGAUUCGAGUGGAGAAACUCAAGCUUCUCCUUGUAGACCAUGGGACAGAGGUGAUUAUUUUAGAAGGCUGGCCACUUUCAAAUCUAUGUGGUGGUUUGCUAAACCGCAGGUGGUAAGUGCAGUAAACUGUGCUAGAAGGGGUUGGAUAAACGUAGAUAUGGAUACUAUUGCAUGUGAAGCAUGUGGAGUGCGCCUUAUCUUUACUUGUCCACCAUCUUGGAGCCAACAACAAGUUGAUAAAGCAGCCUUAGUAUUCAGCUUGAAACUUGACAGCGGACACAAGCUGCUUUGCCCAUGGGUUGACAAUGCCUGUGACGAAAAGCUAGCAGCCUUCCCACCAAUGCCUACUACUGUUUUAGUUGAUGAAUAUAAAUCCCGUUGUUCUGCUCUAGUGCAGCUUGUAGCCCUACCUGUGACUUCUUCUUCUAUAGUUAAUUGCUUGGGAAGCACCCGGUUAGAAGAAUUUCUCAAAACAUCUUCAGCAGUAGAGUCUGACAGGUCCACUGAAACUUCUAGAGAAGAUGAUCUUGGAAACCAACCGAAAUCUACUUCAUCUCUCACAUAUUAUCAGGCACAAAAGCUGAUUAGUUUAUGUGGCUGGGUACCCCGUGCUUUGCCAUAUGUUGUUGAUUCCAAGGACCAAUUAAAUCAAUCUGCUAAAGAUAACAAGCAUGGAUAUUUAUCUCAGUUUAGUGGACUGAACCAUGGCAUUACCAUUCUUUCUUCUAAUGAGAAUAGUGGGGCAAAUGAUGAUAUUCAAACAUCUGAUGGUGCAAUUUCUGAUCCUAAUUCUGUUGCUUUGGAGUGUCAGAUUUGUGGGGCCCGUGUUGGAUUAUGGGCAUUUUCUACAGUUCAACGUCCUCUUGAAUUUUUAAGGUUGAGUGGAUAUAUGGAUAUUAAUAGUGAAAAUGCAGCUGAUAAUCACAUGGGUGGUGCUCCAGGAAACCUUAUUUUGAGCAAUGACAAUCGUGAUAAUAGUAAAGAAGGCACUGCAAAUACUGCACUAGCUGUUUCCACAAUAUUGAAUGAUAGACCAAAUUCAAAUAUAACUAUUGCAGGUGGCCCCCUUCCGGCAUCGCAAAAUUAUAGGGCAAAAAUAUCACUUCCUGUUGUUGGACAGAAUAUAAGAGCUAGAUUUUCAACUGAUUCUGAGAUAAGGGUUUGCUUAACUGCUGAGGAGUCACUCUUGGUAGGCAAAGGUCAGAACAUUUCUCUGGAUGAACAGAAUAAUGCCGAACAAGAAAUAUCUGAUACCAGUAAAUCAGACCCAAUUGCAGAAGAGCAAUCAGAGGACACUCAGAUGGUAGCACAAAUUUCAAGUGAGGUUGGCAAACUACCAGAUCAUGCAGAUGAUGUUGAAAAAGUUGAUCCAGUUGUUGCAGUAAAUGCCGAACAAGAAAUAUCUGAUACCAGUAAAUCAGACCCAAUUACAGAAGAACAAUCAGAGGACACUCAGAUGGUAGCACCAGUUUCAAGUGAGGUUGGCAAACUACCAGAUCAUGCAGAUGAUGUUGAAAAAGUUGAUCCAGUUGUUGCAGUAAAUGCCGAACAAGAAAUAUCUGAUACCAGUAAAUCAGACCCAAUUACAGAAGAGCAAUCAGAGGACACUCAGAUGGUAGCACAAGUUUCAAGUGAGGUUGGCAAACUACCAGAUCAUGCAGAUGAUGUUGAAAAUGUUGAUCCAGUUGUUGCAGAUCAUUCUACAUCCCAAACUGGAGAUGAUCUUGGAUCAAGUAGAGAAGGUGGAGGCACAUCUCAUCAGGGAAAAACUACUGAGCAUAAUGGAUUAGAGGUUGGAACUUGCAAUUCCAAACAAGCAAUCAAGCAACGUGACAGCAAGGAUGAUGGAGUACAAUCGACAAUUCAGAACCAUGAUGUUGUGCCAACUAUAGCAAAGGCUUUACAGGAAGUACCACUAGACAGAGGUACAGAGUUCGAUCCGAUAAGGCUACACAAACAUUUCUGUCCCUGGAUUGCAUCUAGUAGUGGCUCUGCACCUGGAUGGCAACAAACUUUAUCUGCUUUGGAAUCUAAUAAGGAGUUUUCUCAUCCUUUGACUGGAGAUGCCCCUUCGUCAUCCCUGAUUAAGGUUGAUGAUCCUGUUGCUUCGGUGAAAAGGCUUUUUAUACCUACGCCUGCAAAAAGAAAGAAGCUUAUCCAGUCUAGUUAAACACAAUAUAUUGCCACCAGAUUGCAAACCAGUGCAGUAUGUUACGCUCUCAAUUCACAAGAGGAAAUGAAAGCAAUGCAUUUCAUAAUGGAGAUCAAUUUUAUUCUGAGCCCCUUGGUCCUAGAGAUGAGGUGGGGAUGAGUUGUCUGACCAGUUCCUGUAUUGCUUGAGAUGUCUAUUAACAUUUUGAAAUCGAAAUAGAUAGAGAGAGAGAGAGAGAGAGAGAGAGAGAGAAUAUCCUUUUUUAUGACUGCAUUAUUUUACAUUGUAAAAGAUCCUAUGAUAAAUAUUAUUCAAAAGUAUGAAUGCAGUACAAGUUUGCCAA